UGCUGUAAUUCGAGUCAACAAGUAUACUGGUGAAGAAGUUCUUGUACUUCGUGGCAACAUCGCGCAACAACCGAUGGGUAUUGUCGCUGUUGCUAACGACACAGAAGAUUGUGAUGCCAAUAAGUGUCGACAGUUGAAUGGAGGAUGCGAUUCUAAUGGAGUGUGUGAUAUCGAUGCACGUGGAGAAGUUCAUUGUACUUGUCCAACUGGUUUUCAAAUUGUUGACGGCACACGCUGUGUCGAUGCUGGGUUCAACUGUACCAACCUAGAGUUCAAGUGUAAUGAUGGUGCUUGCAUUCCUUAUGAAUUCACAUGUGAUAGAAUUGAAGAAUGUGAUGAUGGAAGUGACGAAGAUCAAACUUACUGUGCAACACGUAGUUGCCGUAGUAACUACUUUUCCUGUGACAACGGGCGGUGCAUCUUAGAAAAUUUCAAAUGUGAUGGCGCAAACCAUUGUGGUGAUGGUAGUGAUGAACAUGACUGUGUUGCCGCUGUCUGUGGAGAUGGUGAGUUCCAAUGUGGUAAUGAUAAGUGUAUUAGUAUGGAAUUCCGCUGUGACCAAGAUUUGGACUGUCAGGACGCAUCUGAUGAAAUUGGUUGCGAUCCUGUUGACUGCGCCGCAUACCGCCCAAGAGGCUUCACGAUCCCAAUUGGUCAGCUGAUACCGACUUACAUCAAUUGUAAACGUACAACACAGUGUAUUUUACCAGAAUGGCGAUGUGAUGGUGAAGAUGACUGUGGUGAUAGCUCGGACGAAGAAGGAUGUGGUUCUGCAGGGCCUUCAUUGUUGACUUGUCCCCCUCUGUAUUUCCGUUGUGAUAGUGGCCGAUGUGUACCCCCAUCAUGGGAAUGUGAUGGGGAUGAUGAUUGUGGAGACGGUUCUGACGAACACCACGAUUGUAAUUUUGCAUGUGGUGAGGACCAGUAUACCUGUGACAAUCAAAAAUGUAUCCCAAAUCGGUGGAUCUGUGAUAACGAUGAUGACUGUGGUGAUAACUCUGAUGAAGAUGGUUCGAAACACAAUUGUACACAAGUCACGUGUGAUGCCGAACACUUCCGAUGUGUUGAAGCACGACGUUGUAUCCCAUCUGCGUGGGUUUGUGAUGGAGACAAUGAUUGUGGGGAUGCUUCUGAUGAACAUCCUGAUACUGGAUGUCAUUCGCGUCUUUGUGAAGAUGGUGAACACCAAUGUUCAAAUGGAAGAUGUAUUUCUGAAUCGUGGGUAUGUGAUCAUGACGAUGACUGUGGUGACUCUUCUGAUGAGCCCCGUACAUGUGUCUUCCCAGAUUGUGAUUCAAACCAGUUUCGUUGUGCUAACAGUCGUUGUAUUCCAAGCCAGUGGCAGUGUGAUGGCGAUAAUGAUUGUCAUGAUUUCUCAGAUGAGGCUGAUACCAACCCAAACUGUAAAACAUCUGAUUGUUCUGAUGACGAGUACCGUUGUUCUGAUGGACAGUGUAUUGCUGAACAUCAAGUCUGUAAUGGUGCGAAUGACUGUGACUCUGACGAACUCCAUUGUGGCAUCAAUGAAUGUGCUCAUGAUAAUGGUGGCUGCAGUCAUAUAUGUGAUGACAGAAUUUCUGGGUAUAAAUGUUUAUGUCCUGAAGGGUACAGCUUAGAUAAAGAUGGGAUAACAUGUAAAGAUUUUAAUGAGUGUGAAAACGUCACUUUACCGUGCAGCCAACUUUGUCACAACGAUAUUGGAAGUUUUCGUUGUUAUUGUACUCAUGGUUAUGAGUUAGAACCAAAUGGUCACACCUGUAAGCAUGCAACCAAUGAGGAACCUUUUCUGUUAUUCUCCAAUCGUUACUACAUCAGGAAACUUGGACUUUACCGACCAGGCCAGGAUUACGACUUUGUUUUACAAGAUUUGAUUAAUGCUGUGGCAUUGGACUUUGACGUACAGGAAGGAUAUGUUUAUUGGUCUGACGUGACUGGCCAACGUAGUAAUAUCAGUCGUGCAAAAAUUGAUGAUGAGAAACAUAAAGUUCAGAGGAUACACACUCUAAAUCUGCUAAAUCCUGAUGGUCUGGCAGUUGAUUGGGUCGGACGCAACCUCUACUGGUGUGAUAAGGGCAAAGACACUAUUGAGGUCUCCAAACUGGAUGGUCGUUUCAGAAAAGUGCUUAUCAACAAAGAGUUGGAUGAACCAAGAGCUUUAGCUUUAGAUCCAUUUAAUGGGUACAUGUAUUGGACUGAUUGGGGGGCAAAGCCAUACAUUGGAAGAGCUGGCAUGGAUGGAAGUGAUGUUACGCGUUUGGUCACUGAAAAACUUGGCUGGCCGAAUGGUUUGACAAUAGACUAUGGAUCCCAGCGGAUUUACUGGGCAGAUGCCAGGGAGGAUUAUAUUGAGUCUAUUAAUAUGAACGGUACUGGCAG